AUGUGUUUGAUCUCCGGGAACAUCAGAAAAUACUUCAUCGUUUCAAGUCGAUCUCCAGGAAGAACUCCUUUGACCAUUCCUUUGAAGAACUAUGUAGUUGGUGUUGUAGCUUUUCUCCAAUGCUUGCAAAAUAUCCUCAGAAAAUUAUGUGGAGGAGGACUGGUGAAGGAGAUAAUAAUUGUGAGAGAAGAGAAGGUUGGUGGUGUUGGUAGUGAUGAUGGAAGAAAAGGUGAUGAUUUUUGUGGCGGUGGUGAAGGAGGAGGAGGAAGAGGUGGUGGUAGAGAAGGAGGUGAGAGUGAUGGUGUAGGAGGAGAAAAAUAUGGUGGUGGUGGUGAUGGAGAAAAAUGUGGCAGUAGUAGCGGAGGAGGUGGUGGUGGUGACGGCGGCGAUGGUAGAAGGGAUAGGAAUGACAAUGGCGGUGAGGACGAGGGGAGGGAAAGGGUGGUGGUGGUGGGUAUGGAAAAAUAG